AUGCAGUGUUCAAAAUUUUAUUUGUUCGACUCUGGUAAUGAUAGUCCACAAGACUCUGCUUCUGAGUCUGAAAGGAAUUCUGGGUCAGCAUCUGAAAAUGAAUCAAAAAGUAGUGCCGGUUCGUCUAAAUCUGGGUCUGGAUCGAGAUCGGACAGUUGUUCACAGUCAUCAAAAUCCGGUUCAGGUAGUGGCAGUGGGUCAGAAUCGGAGAAAUCUGGCUCUGAAAAAGAUUUUAGUUGCGAGAAAGUUACCAUCAAGAAGGAAGAAGCCAGUGACAUUAAGCAGGUAACGAAGAGAAGCUCAAGAUCGAGAAACAGCUCAGAGUGCUGGGAAGACAAUCCAGAUGUAUAUGGAAUAAGAAGAUCAGGGCGUUUCCGAAAGGAACCUGAGAGAUUAAAUGCAGCUGAAAGUGAUUCCAGUGACAGGGGGAAGAAAAAGUCUACAGUUAAACGGUCUUCGAAGAACUCCAAUACGUGGAAUUCUGAUACCUCAGAGUCUGAAGAUGAAGGUGUGCCACCUCCUAGGAGCAAACCACCUUCAAGGAAGGGAAAGACAAGACCCGUGCGUCAUAAACCUGAAGGAAAGAAGUCUUCACGUAGGAAAUACAGUGAGACUUCGGAUGAAUCAAGUUUUAAUACAGAUGAAGAUGCUGAGAACCAAAGGCAUACCAACAGAAGAGCAGCGACUGGUGUAAGCUACAAAGAAGAAACUGAAGAUGAGAAAACAGAUUCAGAAGAUCUGGUUGAAGUUGACUGGACAGAGCCUGUUGUUCCAGCAGAACCUGACAACGCUGAAACUAUUGAAAAAGUGUUGGCGUGGAGGAGAGGUAAAAAGGGAGUUACUGGCAAUAUGACGACUGUAUAUGCUGUGGAAGAGAAUGGUGACCCCAACAAAGACUUUGAUCCUACUGAUUUGGAGAAUAGUGAAUUACAGUACUUGAUAAAAUGGAAAGGUUGGUCGCAUAUUCAUAACACAUGGGAAUCAGAAGAAUCAUUAAAAAGUCAAAAGGUGAAAGGAAUAAAGAAGCUAGAGAACUAUAUUAAGCGUGAAGAAGAAUUGUCAAUAUGGAAAGAGCAUGCAACCCCUGAGGAUAUUGAAUACUUUGAUUGCCAAAUGGAACUUAUGAGUGAACUUCUGAAAAGUUAUAAUAAUGUGGAGAGGAUUAUAGCUGAGUUUCAGAAGCCAGAAGGAACACACCCAGAUUAUUUCAUAAAAUGGGAGAGUUUGCCAUAUUCAGAGGCUACUUGGGAAGAUGGGGCUCUUAUUUCAAAAAAGUGGCCCAAGAAAAUCAAAGAAUUCAGAGAACGUGAGGAAUCUAAAAGAACGCCAUCAAAACAUUGUCGAGUGCUGAAACAUCGGCCCAAGUUUGUUCAAGUCAAAACUCAGCCUGAAUACAUGGGUGGUGAUCAGCUGUUGGUUUUGAGAGAUUACCAACUGGAUGGUCUCAACUGGUUGAUACAUUCCUGGUGCAAAGAGAACUCUGUGAUAUUGGCUGAUGAAAUGGGCCUGGGAAAAACAAUACAGACAAUUUGCCUUCUAUACUACCUCUUCCAUACUCACCAACUUUAUGGACCUUUUUUGCUGGUAGUCCCUCUGUCAACCAUGACAUCAUGGCAACGAGAAUUUUUUCAGUGGGCUCCAGAAAUGAAUGUAGUAACAUACUUAGGAGAUAUAUCCUCACGUGAUAUAAUACGACAAUACGAAUGGUGCUAUGCCAGUUCUAAGCGUCUCAAGUUUAAUGCAAUCCUAACCACGUAUGAAAUAGUUUUGAAAGACAAAGUAUUUCUGGGAAGCGUAAGUUGGGCUGCUUUACUUGUAGAUGAGGCCCAUAGACUGAAGAAUGAUGAUUCACUGCUUUAUAAAGCCCUUAUGGAGUUUGAUACAAAUCAUCGUCUGCUUAUAACGGGGACACCUCUUCAGAAUAGCUUGAAAGAGCUGUGGAGUCUUCUGCAUUUCAUCAUGCCUAACAAGUUUGAUUGUUGGGAAGACUUUGAGAAGGAGCAUGACAAUGCCGCACAGAAAGGUUACUCGAAACUACACAAACAAUUAGAACCUUUCAUAAUACGCAGAGUGAAGAAAGAUGUUGAGAAGUCUCUCCCAGCAAAGGUUGAGCAAAUUUUACGAGUGGAGAUGACUUCACUCCAGAAACAGUAUUAUAAGUGGAUUUUAACAAAGAACUACAAUGCACUCAGGAAAGGUGUAAAGGGUUCCUCAUCAACAUUUCUUAAUAUAGUUAUAGAACUAAAGAAAUGUUGUAAUCAUGCAUUUCUCAUAAAGCCAUUGGAUUAUGAGCAGAAACCCCCUCCCACUGACUAUUUACAGGACUUAAUCCGUGGUUCAGGGAAGCUAGUGCUACUGGAUAAACUGUUGAUUCGCCUGAAAGAGACAGGUCAUCGUGUUCUGAUAUUCUCUCAAAUGGUGCGGAUGCUGGACAUUUUGGGAGAGUAUCUCCAGCUGAGGCACUUCCCCUUCCAAAGACUUGAUGGGAGUAUUAAAGGAGAAUUGAGAAAACAAGCUCUGGACCACUUUAAUGCUGAUGGGUCACAGGAUUUCUGUUUCUUGCUGUCAACCAGAGCAGGUGGUCUGGGUAUUAAUUUGGCAACUGCUGAUACUGUAAUUAUUUUUGAUUCUGACUGGAAUCCUCAGAAUGAUCUGCAGGCACAAGCACGUGCUCAUAGAAUUGGACAGAAAAAUCAGGUUAAUAUAUAUCGAUUAGUAACACGAAGCUCAGUGGAGGAGGAAAUUGUUGAACGUGCAAAGCAAAAAAUGGUUUUGGACCACCUCGUAAUUCAGCGGAUGGAUACAACUGGGCGAACCGUUUUGGAUAAAAAAAGUUCCUCAUCUACGACUCCAUUCAAUAAAGAAGAGCUUACAGCAAUACUCAAGUUUGGAGCUGAGGAAUUAUUCAAAGAUGAAGAAGAUGGCGAUGAAGAGCCUACUUGUGAUAUAGAUGAAAUAUUGAGAAGGGCAGAAACACGUGACGAUGCUCCAGCUACUGUAGGAGAUGAGCUUUUAUCUGCUUUCAAAGUUGCAAGCUUCGCAGCAUUUGAGGAAGACAAGGACAUAGCUGUAACAGAACAUGAACCUGAUGAUGAAAGCAAAGAUUGGGAUGAAAUCAUACCUGAAACUAUUCGAAAGAAGGUGGAAGAAGAAGAACGUCAGAAAGAAAUGGAUGACCUGUAUUUACCUCCGAGGAGCCGGAAGACGCUGCAACAGAUAAACCAGUCAGAAAGUGAGGGUGAAGGCAGUGGACGUGGGAGGAAAAGACGUAAGAAAGGAGAAGAAUCUGACUCAUCAGAAGGAGGUAGUGAUGACGAAAGACCAAGAAAGAGAGGCAGGCCUCCUCUCUUUCCUCGGGAGAGCAUCAAGGGCUUCACAGAUGCAGAGAUAAGGCGCUUUGUCAAGAGUUACAAGAGAUUUGCAGCACCCCUGAAACGCUUGGAAGCUGUGGCUUGUGAUGCAGAACUUCAAGAAAAACCUCUUGCUGAACUUCGAAAGUUGGGUGAGCUGCUUAAAGAGCGUUGUGUGGCAGCCCUGAAAGAACAGACAGCAUCUAAAGAAAAUGAUGUGAACAAUGAAGAUAGUAAUCUCUCGGGUCCUAUCCAGAAACGAAGAGGGAGAGGUCCUUCAUUUAAACUUGGAGGUGUAUCUGUUAAUGCAAAAAGUGUUAUGUCUUGUGAGAAAGAGCUUGAACCAUUGGAUGAAGUGUUGCCUGCAGAUCCUUCGGAAAGGAAGAAAUGGGUAUUGGCUGCAAGAGUGAAACCAGCUAAUUAUGACGUACCUUGGGACAUAGAGGAUGAUUCAAAAUUGUUGCAAGGUGUCUAUCAGUAUGGUAUGGGAUCAUGGGAAGCAAUAAAAAUGGAUCCUUCAUUGGGCAUUGGGGAUAAAAUCCUUGCAAAUGAAGACAAGAAGCCUCAAGCCAAACAUUUACAGCAAAGAGCUGAUUACUUGCUUCGCAUCUUGCAGAAGCAGCUGGAUAAUUCAUGUGUUACAAAACCCAGAAGACAGAAGAAACCUCGUGAAACUAAACCUGCUCUGACAAAGGAAAUAAUUGAGGAUGACCCGAGCUCAAAUGAUGAAAAUACGAACCUGUCAGCAAAUAAUCUCUCUGUCGUUCCCAAGAAAGUUUCGAAGAAAACUCCAGAUAAAGUUGUCAAACCAAAAUCGGAGAACCACGAAGUAAGGAGUGAGGAAGAAGAAAAAGAGAAAGAAGAAACUCCAAAAGAGGAGAAAAAGGAUGUAAAAAAGAAGAGAGAGAAAAAGCAGGUCAAGAAGAACAAGAAGGAAACUGGUCCAAUGCAUUUUACUGCAAACAGUGAGCCCAGAGCUCUGGACGUGAUAGGCGAUUUAGACCCUGCAAUAUUUAAUGAGUGUAAGGAAAAAAUGAGGCCUGUAAAGAAAGCACUCAAAGCUUUAGAUAAUCCUGACACUUCAUUACCAGAACAAGAGCAGUUGAAUCAUACAAGACAGUGCCUUUUACAAAUAGGUGAUCAAAUAAAUCGUUGCCUAUCAGAGUAUAAAGAGCCAGAUAAAAUUAAGGAAUGGAGAAGCAAUUUGUGGUACUUUGUUUCAAAAUUCACUGAAUUUGAUGCAAAGAAACUAUUCAAGCUAUAUAAACAUGCAGUUAAAAAGAGUGAAGAUAAGAAGGGGGCAGACAAGAAAAUUAAAACUGAAAAAGGAGAAAAAGAAGAGACACGUACUACACCAGAGAAAGACAACUCACAAGUCCGUGGAAACAACAAGCGGCGAAUGGAUGAUGAAAAAGAACAAGAGAAAGAUGGAAUGCAUUCUGGUAGUCCUGCUAAGAGACCAUAUGCUCCUAGUGAAUCUAGCUCAGCACGUGGUCUUGACAAAGAAGAACGUGGUCGGGAAAAGGAACGGAGUAAGAAAAGUGGAGAACAGCGUGACGAUCGAAAUAGGACACAGUCGCGUGAACACGACAGAGACCGGAAUAAAGAAGCCCGCGUGCGCAAAGACAGUGGGGGCAGCCUUCCCCCUGGUUCUAGCUCAACACCAUAUGCACGUCAGAGAGACCCCAAUGGGCGGUCGCCCCAACGUACAGUCAGCAACAGUACCAGUGGACAAGCUGCUCCUUACGGUAGCAGGCAUGAGUUUGCUGGAGGUGGAGAUGGCCGUCCAGUAUCCAGCCCCCAUGGCAGGGGGCACAUACCAAUGGAUGGUAGCGGAGACCGCUGGGCUGGCUCACAGCAACCAAGAGACAGAUUUGGUGAACACAAGCGUGAUAGGUAUGACAGUUACCAGCGUCCACCCGGAUCUGGGGGCUCGUACCACAGAGAAAGGGAUCGAAAUCAUCGAAUGGAUAAAAGAAGAUUCCAUGCAGCAGGACCAUCAAACUAUGGAAAUCACUAUAUUCCCCCUCCUUCAUCAUUUUCUGGAGGCCCUGGCUAUCCUCCCGGUGAAAUUCCUCCAUCACAUUAUGCCAGGGAAAGGUUUGGACCAAUGGGUGUUGCUGGCCCUGGCUGUGGUUUUCCCCCCGACUGGAGGGGGGGAAAGGAAAGGGAUUACCGAAGAGAUUAUGAGAGAGAUUACGAUCGGAGACCGCCCCCUCCCAAUUCGUAGUGAAGUGCAAUGUCGUGUGUAAAAUAUGAGCAACUGUAAAUAUUUGUAUAUUGUUUGUAAAAUAGACGAGAAGUGAACUAUCGAAAUGGGCAAGUGCCAUGUACGACUGUGAAUAGUAAUCGUGAAUUUUUAUUUUCGUCAGUGUGACAUUCAUCAGUUUUUAUGUACUGCUAAACUGUGUUUACAUUGAAAAAUAGUAAUAUAUACUGCGUGUACAUAUACUUAA